AUGAGCUAUAUGUCCACAGUAGUGUUGUCGAGGCCUGGCGGCACAAAUCUGUGUGCCGUGCCUGCCCGAACGGGCCACACGCCUCCGCCCCCCGAUUUCUGGUGCAAUUCGGGAGAAGAAGAAGAAGAAGAAGAAGAAGAAGAAGAAGAAGAAGAAGAAGAAGAAGAAGAAGAAGAAGAAGAAGAAGAAGAAGAAGAAGAAGAAGAAGAAGAAGAAGAAGAAGAGGAGGAGGAGGAGAAGGAGGAGGAGGUGGUGGUGGAGGAGGAGAAGGAGAAGAAGGAGAAGAAGAAGAAGAAGAAGGAGAGCAAGAUGGCCGUGGUGCGUAAUGUUGUUCCGGCGAAGCGGCUGAACGACGAUAAAGAGAACCAGCCGCCGCCGAAAAAAGCGAAGCCGACUAAGAUCGUCAUAUUCAAGUACAGACGACGACCGCUGCAACCACUCCCACGCUAG